GUGUCGCUCACCACAUGGGAUUCCAAUUCGCUCUCACAGUACCAACCCCGUGGCGAGAUCGCAGGGUGAGAUGCGGCCCGCUGCAGCACCGCAGACAUCUCAAACUCUCAAAUCCACUCACUCACUCCAAACGGUGUCUGAGCUGCGAGCGUCCAGAGUGGAAAGGUCCUAGGAAACAUUUGCCAGAUCAGGUUGCUCAAAAGCGCAGGUGGGGUGGGGCACAGGAAUACACUGGCAGCAGUGUUCGCAAGCGGCCAGUCCGGCCAGACUUGAGGCCCAGGGCGGCCGGCCUGGGCUUCUUUGGUGACCGGCCGGGCCGGACUGUAGGCCAUAGUCCGGCUUUACUGGCCUAUCUGACCGGGCCUGCCCGGACUGUAGAUAUCUGCGGGCUUUCAGAUAUCUGUGGGCAUCUUCAGGUAUCUGCAGGCAUCUUCAGAUAUCUGCGGGCAUCUUCAGAUAUCUGCAGGCAUCUUCAGGUAUCUGCGGGCAUCUUCAGAUAUCUGCAGGCAUCUUCAGGUAUCUGCGGGCAUCUUCAGAUAUCUGCGGGCAUCUUCAGAUAUCAGUGGUGCACAGACGCAAUAUUUAGUGGUCAGGUAGCAUAUGCCAAAAGCCUACAGGUGCCCCCAGGCAUCCAUGUGGCCUAUAGGCUUUACCAAAGCCUGGCCUACAAAGCCCAAGUCAGUUUCACUUUGACCUGGCCGGGCCGGACUGUGCAUCUGCAGGCUAUCUGCAGGCCGGCCUGACCGCCUGCGAACGCUGACUGGCAGUAGGGGUAUUCAAACGUAAAUCAGCAAUUUUCCGUCGAAAUUUUGCAUGGAAUUUUGCAUUAGGGUACUUCAGACUGGUCAAUGGUGUGGACAGAUUUCUCAUAACAUGUUUGAAAUAACCCAUGCAUGAUUUACACUGACAUCAGUAUAGAAUCAGGUAUGAAAAGUAGAGUAAAUAGGAAGGUGAUUGUGUCAUAAGAGAUUAAGAAUGAGGGGAUACUCACAAAUCAACUACAAUAAGUUCAAAAAUAUAU